GCAUCAGUCAUCAUUCAAGCGAGUGAAAUGAAACAAAGUGUCGUUUUUGAGGAGUGCUGUGUUCUGAAAAUCAAAAGUGAUAAUUACUAUAAACGUGAAAUUAGUUAGUUCCGAUUCGUGCUGAAUACGAAACCAAUAUAGUAGCAUAAGCAUAAAAAGCAAAAUAACCAAAAAAAUUAAAAAAGUUAUAAAACAAACUAAAAAAAUUACAAAAUAACUCGUAAAAAUGCCUCAAGUCAUUGAACAAUUCACCAAGCUGCCAACCGCUUUUGGCUGCUCUCCAAAACUUCGUUCCGUAGCGGACAACCAAAUCCGUGGCAUCACCAUCGUCAACGGACAUGUGGCCCAGCUAUCGUCCAAAAUCCGUACCUACGUUGAAGAGUCUGUUGCCAUGUGCCAACCAGAUCGCAUCCAUAUCGUCGACGGAAGCGAGCAGGAAAGUGCUACCCUGAUUAAUACUCUUCACGCUCUCGGAACGGUACAGCCGCUGCCCAAGUAUGAGAACUGCUGGCUGGCCCGCACCAACCCAGCCGAUGUUGCCCGUGUCGAAUCCAAGACCUUCAUCUGUACUCAGCGACGUGAGCAAGCCAUCCCAACUCCGAAGGAUGGCGUCCAGGGGAGCCUCGGUAACUGGAUCUCGCCCGAAGACUACGAGAAGGCAAUCCGUUCUCGUUUCCCCGGUUGCAUGAAGGGACGUACCAUGUACGUGGUUCCAUUCUCCAUGGGACCGAUCGCUUCGCCGUUGUCCAAGUUCGGCAUUGAACUCACCGAUUCAGCUUACGUGGUCUGCUCGAUGCGUAUCAUGACUCGCAUGGGUGUUGAAAUCCUCGAGAAGCUCUCAGAUAACUCCGACUUUAUCAAGUGUUUGCACUCGGUGGGCACUCCAGCCAGCGGAAAGAUCACCAUGCCAUCAUGGCCCUGUGAUCCGGAAAGAACCAUCAUUCUACACAAACCGGCCAACAACGAAAUUGUCUCCUAUGGAUCAGGCUACGGCGGCAACUCCCUCCUCGGUAAGAAAUGCUUUGCCCUACGUAUCGGAAGCACGAUCGCUCAACGUGAGGGAUGGCUCGCCGAACACAUGUUGAUCCUCGGCAUCACCGACCCCAACGGUGUCAAAAAGUACAUUGCCGCUGCUUUCCCGUCUGCUUGUGGCAAAACUAACCUAGCCAUGAUGACGCCAACUCUUCCUGGAUACACCAUGGAAUGCGUCGGUGAUGACAUCGCCUGGAUGAAGUUUGACUCCAAGGGACAACUACGCGCCAUCAACCCGGAAAAUGGUUUCUUCGGAGUCGCUCCGGGAACCUCCUCGGAAACCAACCCGAACGCUAUGGAAACCGUUUACAAGAACACGAUCUUUACCAACGUCGCCGCCACAUCCGACGGCGGAGUGUUCUGGGAAGGAAUGGAAAAGGAAAUCGAUCCUGAAGUCGAGAUCACCGACUGGUUGGGCCAGCCGUGGAAGAUGGGUGUAUCAAAGACACCAGCUGCCCACCCGAACUCUCGCUUCUGCGCCCCGGCAAGUCAGUGCCCAAUCAUUGACCCCGCCUGGGAAGACAACGAGGGAGUUCCUAUUUCGGCCAUUCUUUUCGGAGGACGUCGUCCCGAAGGUGUUCCACUAGUGUACGAAGCGAACUCAUGGUCCCACGGAGUAUUCAUUGGAUCUGCCAUGCGCAGUGAAACCACAGCCGCCGCCGAACACAAAGGAAAAAUGAUCAUGAAUGACCCAUUCGCAAUGCGUCCAUUCUUCGGUUACAACUUCGGCGACUAUCUGAAACACUGGCUUAGCAUGGAAAACCGUUGUGCUGAAGCCGGUGGACACAUGCCCAAGAUCUUCCACGUUAACUGGUUCCGCAAGGAUGCCAAUGGUAAGUUCCUGUGGCCAGGAUUUGGCGAAAAUUGCCGAGUAUUAGAAUGGGUUCUGCAGCGGGUGGACGAACAUGAAUGCUACGAGGAAACUGCUAUCGGUCGUAUUCCCGCCAAGGGUGCCCUUAACUACAAUAACCUGAACUGCUCGAUCAACGAGAAGGAACUGUUCUCGAUACCGAAGGACUUCUGGCUGAAGGAGGUCGACGAGAUUAAGCAGUACUACGACAACCAGCUGCCGCACGAUUUACCCCAGAAGAUCGCGCAGGAGCUGGCUGAACUCAAGAGUCGCGUUGUGCAGAUGUGAAUUGUUCAAUGAUUGCUUGCAGGCAGUAGGGUAUAAGUAAAAUAAGGGUAAUAGUUAAUAAUGUUUCUCGAUUUCAAGAGGAUAUAGAGUAUAAGAUUUGUUACUGUGUAAUUGGUUAUCUAAACAAUAAAAUUUUUCGUAAAUUUAAUA